AUACGUCACUUGCCACAACGGCUCUAUCUCCAUCAUGGCGUCGCUGGGAAGGAGGCGCGGUGUCCCAGUGAGCAGGGAGAGGGGAGUGAUGGCGGCGACCGACUGCUACAUAGUUCACGAGAUCUACAACGGGGAGAACGCGCAGGACCAGUUUGAGUAUGAGUUGGAGCAAGCACUGGAGGCCCAGUAUAAAUACAUUGUUAUCGAACCCACGCGCAUCGGCGACGAGACGGCACGGUGGAUUACAGUGGGCAACUGCCUGCACAAGACGGCCGUGUUGUCGGGGGCCGCUUGCCUCCUGACGCCGCUUUCACUGCCUCCAGAAUACACGCGUUACGUGGCGUUGCCAGCCGGCGCCCUCAGCGUGGCCUGCGCCGCCCUCUAUGGGAUUUCAUGGCAGUUUGACCCCUGCUGCAAGUACCAGGUGGAAUAUGACAGCCAAAAACUGUCGCGGCUACCCCUGCACACACUCACCUCCUCCACGCCCGUGGUCUUGGUGCGCAGGGAUGACAUCCACAGAAAGAGACUCCAUAACACGAUAGCGAUGGCCGCGCUGGCGUACUGCGUCAAGAAGAUCUACGAACUCUAUGCUGUAUGAGUGCACUCUGAAGACCAUUUAAGAACCGACAGGAAAAUGAGAUAAACCUACAAAAAAGAAGAAUAACAGCAAACCUAUCCACAGUCUGGUGUGUGAAAAGUGGAAGGUCACAAUGGGGCCCACAACACUUGUGGUGGCUGCUUUGAACUUUGAUCAGAGGGAUAUAGUUAAAACUAGAAGGAAGUUGUUUUUGUUUUUUUCUUCCCGCAUUUGUUUUCUCAUAGUGACAACCACAGCACACAUGUUCUCUGUAUUACCUUUGCGCCUCCUUCCCUGCAUUCUGACACUUGACCUUUGUGUAAAGGCUGAAGCUGCGUGGUUGAGAUGGACACGUGUGAUUUGAGCUUGACCUUUUCCCCUCGUAGUUUUACUGUACUCCCUUACUUGCUGAUCAGUACUUCACCUUUCAUUAAACAUUAGGCUAUUUGAAAAGCGUGCUUCUCUCUAUCUGACUUUUUUUCCCCAAGCAAACAGAUAAUAGUCCAGCCAUGUUUCGCAGUAUUGUCCAACACUGAAUAGCGUGACAAGUCGACCUAUCAAUUUCCGUGUCUUGAGUUGUGUCAGAUGCCGGUAUCUGCUGUACAGAGAUAAACUUAAUCCAUGCUAAAAUAUGUUUUCCAUGUCCAGAUGUACAAUUCUGAUCAAAUCCUACUUCUGACCUUGCACUCGCACACCAAAUUCAAGUCAAAACAAAUCAGCUUUGCCUGAUUUUUGGAUUCUCAUAAAAAUGUUUUGUUGAUGUUUUCGUCAAAAACGACACAAGACA